AUGAAAGGAUUUGCUUUCAAAUGUCACCUAGGACAUUAUGUCUUUGCCAUUGAAGACAUUGAAGACUCUAAGCUUUCCAACAUGACCCUGGAUCCUUUGCAAAACUUAACAAUUGUCACUUAUGCUUCGGAUGACCAUUUCCCUGAGACAAAAAUGAUGUUGUAUUUGUGGAGAUACAAAUAUCCAAAAAUUCCGAUAAUUUUCUAUUCCUUGGGAUUAACGAAUAGUCAGAAAAGUGAACUUUCAAAAGUUUGUCUGCUCACAGUGAGGGAAUUCGACUUUGCAAAGUAUCCACCACAUGUGAAAAUUCUACAAAAUUAUGCUUUUAAGAUGGCGAUUCUUGGGGAGGUUUACAAAACGAAUGAAUUCUUCUAUUUGAUGGACUCAAGUCUGCGGCCGUUCAACUCGUCCGCUUUUCUGGAUUAUAUUGAGGCUUCUUAUGUUGAAAAGGUUUGUAAACAAAGAAUGUAUAGCUAUCUGCCCAUCCAAAAAGAGCUCAAUGAUCGAAUCCAAUUCGCUGGUGGAUCGAUUUUGGUGAAAAGGAGCGCGUUUAGUUCACAGAUUAUAAAAUGGGCCUUGCUUUGCGCCAUGACUGAUGAGUGUAUCAGUCCUGUGGGUUCAUUCAGAGAAUGCGACUUCCCGAAAGGAAUCACCACUUGUCAUAGAUAUGAUCAAAGCAUGCUGAACAUCCUACUCUACAACGCUCUUCAAGAGUCUCCGGAUUGGGACAAAAUGGUCCUUGAUUGGCCUUAUAACGACGCUGAAUCUGUACGCCGGGAAAAUCAAUGGAACUUCACUUUACCCAAAGAAAUUUUGUGUAUA